AUGGCGCUUUCACUUCAGUCUACCUACAAGUUGGUCUCAGGCUACGAGAUCCCCGUCGUGGGAUUCGGAGUUUACCAAACGCCACCCGAUGUUACCGAGAAGGUCACCAUCAAGGCAAUUGAGCUGGGAUACCGCCAUGUCGACAGCGCCAAGUACUACGAAAACGAGACAGAGAGUGCCAAUGCCAUCCGCAACUCUGGACUCGAGCGCUCGAAGAUCUUCUAUACCAGCAAGGUGCCUGCGAACUGCAUGGGAUACGAGAAAUCAAAGAAGGCCAUUGAAGAAAGCAUUGCUGAUGCAAACCUCGGCUACAUUGACCUGAUGUUGAUCCACGCUCCCUACGGUGGCAAGGAGGACCGCCUCGGCACAUGGCGCGCACUCGUUGAGGCCCAGAAGGCAGGUCACAUCCGGUCCCUCGGUGUGUCCAACUUCGGUAUCCCGCAACUCGAGGAAUUGGAGGAGUACAUCAAGAACGGAGGAGGUGGUCAAAUCACCGUCGGUCAAUACGAGAUUCACCCGUGGUGCCCGCGUGAUGAUAUCGCCGAGUGGCUGAAAAAGCGUAACAUCAUUGUCGAGGCAUACUCUCCCCUGGUGCAGGCAACCCGCAUGAAGGAGCCUGUUCUGCAGAACCUGGCAAAGAAGCACGGUAAGAGCGCGGCUCAGAUUCUCGUUCGCUGGAGUGUGCAAAAGGGAUACGUGCCCCUUCCCAAGUCGGUGACCGAAUCUCGCAUCCUGGAGAACUCGCAAGUUUUCGAUUUCACCCUGUCCGAUGAGGAUAUGGCCAGUCUGAAGCUCGACUCGCAGCAGGCAGUCGCUGCGACGGUUGCCCCCAUUAUGCCGGAUGAGCCGCGCCGCGUCAUUUUGGAGAAAUCCAAGACAGUGCGACGCCGGUACCAGCGCAGCAACCAACGCUUCAAAUUUACCGCCUCCCAGGUCGAACGAAUAGAUCGCGAAGAGGAACGGGAGAAGAAAGCGAAGCAGCUGCGCGAAAGGGAAAAGAAACGCAUCGCCAAUAAGAAACGAAAAGCCGAGCAAGAGGCGCGCGCCCGCGAGGAGCGGAAGCGUCGCGGUAUUCCCGAUCCAAAUGCCCGCGUUCCGUCCAGCCAGCCCCUACUGUCGAUGUUCCUUGGAGCUAAGCAACCGUCGCCUGCACCACCCAAACCUGAAACUACAACUACGGAGACGGAGACGGAAUUGGGUAGUGACGGAGGGGAUACGGAACCUGACAGCGCCGAUGGAGAUACGGAAGCUGAUUCAGAUGCAUUUGAUGACCUGGAUGAGGAGUUGGAAAAUGACUUGUCUGAACUCCAAGGUCCUGAUAACUCCGAGAUCCGGGAUGCAGGCAUCUCGGGGGACUCUGAAGGUCGUGGAACCGGAGAGGAUAUCCAUCCCGUCAAGGAUGACGAUGAAUUCUCCGACUGCUCGGCAUUUGAUGACGAAGAUGUUCUGAAAGAAGUUGAAGUCAUUACUGCAACGCCACCUGUUAACGAUGAAACGAAAGCCCCAUCCAUACCAAAGCAACAUUCCUUUUUACAGGCUCCACCGGUGCCCGCACUAGAUUCCUCUUUUGGUGAUUCUUUCCAAUUCGAUGCCUCGGAUUUUCUCGAAGCCGAAGCAGCUGUCAUUACACAAACGAAUAAUGACGGAACGAACGAUCAUUCUCCGCCCAAGCAAUCCGCAUCCCUAGAGCCUCCAGAAGAGCCGCGCAAAAUGCCCUCAUUGGUGGCUUCGGAAUCCUUCCGGGAUGAUGAUGCCGAUUUCCUUGACACACACGGACACCUUCUUGGAGAAUACAAUUAG